AUUGGAAACUAGUAAUAAGAAUGGACAUCGCAUCCCUAGCACCUAGGCUAGAGCAUAUAACCAAAAGUAUAGAACGCACCGACAUAAUGUGCAAAUCAUUACUAGCAAAUGUAAAAACAUGCAAGAACCUGCAUGGAAUCCUAGACAAGGGACACAAUAAGACAAAACAUCUGAUACAUACCAUACAGAUGGUAUACAGGACGCCGACAGAUAAGCGGCGCGGACUGAUAAACGGAGUAGGCUCCAUAGCCAAGACACUAUUCGGAACCAUGGACGCCGACGACGAGAAAACGAUUAACGAACAGCUGACGCUACUAGAGAACAACAACGCGGUAACCAAACACGCCGUAGAAAAUCAAUUAAAAGUAAUCAACGCCACGAUAGCCCACGUGGAGACGUUGGAACAAACUAUCCAAGAAAACGAAAACGCACUGACGACACUCCUAGAGAAAAUACAAAACCAAAACCUAAUACAUAACAGACGAUACGACUUGGACGAACAUUUCACAGUUCUUAACGCUCUGACGAACGAUCUACUACAAGACGCGUCCGACAUUAUCGAAUAUCUAGCAUAUAUAAAAGAGGGAAUACUUCACCCUAAAAUCGCGAAUAUAGAUCAAAUAAUGGAAGCUCUCCGUGAGGCUAGUCUAACCUGGCCCCAGGGACUCUACCUUCCUACAGGUAUGCGAAAUCACGACUGGUUAAAAAUAGAAAAAUUGAUUAACAUCAGCGCCUAUUGCGACAUAAAAAACAUGUAUACGAUACUUAGAUUUCCCUUAGCCAGCCUACCGAUCUAUAGACUUAUGCGAAUAAUAGCGUUACCGGUGCAUAAUCACCUAAACAUUUUUUCAUCUGUAAAAACGACUACAGAAUAUCUAGCAAUAGACGCGGAAAAACAAACGUACCUAACUAUCAGCGAAAGCGACCUGCAAGGAUGUAAUAAAAUAAACACCGAACAUAUAUGCGAGGCGACGCAUGCGAUAAAUAAGAUAAACACAAAUGCGAUCUGCGAAGUACAAAUGUAUAUACACAAUCGCAACUUACACUGUAACAUAAACCAUAUCAUAAGCGAACGCGCAAUAUGGAUUAAGACGCACGACUCUUGGUUGUACUCCACAGCAAAACCUGAAGAAAUUAGUAUAAAAUGCCUAGACCACCCCGAAGGUAAAGAAACGAUAAAUAAUACCGGAAAAAUAAUUAUAAACGAAAAUUGCAAGAUAGUUACAACCGAACUAAUUAUUAAACCACACAAAACUCUCAGUUCUAAAAUCCUAGACACAUACAUGCCUAGGAUAAAUAUUACAAUGAUACAGGAAAUUUCCUUAGAUAACCACACAGAUAGUAUACACUUGAGAAAAAUUUCCGACAACCCACACGAUUUUGGACACCUAAAAAUGAGCAUAGAAAAAAUCAAACAAGAACUGGAGAGUGACCAAGAGCCGUUCUUCCGAAAAAAACAAUUCAUAUACCCAAUGACAACCAGCGGCGUUACCGCUUUAAUCAUAAUAGCCAUCAUGAUUUACAUAAUAUAUACAAAACAAACUAGCAAACCACCAAGGCCUAACAAAGCAGGUUGUCAUCUGAGAACAAAGUUGUAAGCGAAAACAUCGCACCCUCGUUUUCUUAUCUAACGGGGGAGGGAUGUUGUAAGCCGAUUACAACUAUAUCUAUUAAAAUUGCGACACGCAUCUUUCGAAAGACGUUGCAAGAAGCACUUCUUUCGAAAGACGCACAAGAAUCCGCCGCGCUCACGGAAGUCCCAAUUAACUUCCGUGAGAUUACAACAGCGCACUCGGAAGCAGUUCGUAUCGCCCUGGAAAUAGGCCCUACGAUGCAAAAUCAAACCGCAAGGCUACCGCGUUCCGAUGUCGAAACGCUUAGCCUCGCGGAAGCUAUCGACGCCCGGUCACUGGCCCCCGAAAUUGUGCCACAUAUCAUAAUAUAUAAACGCGACCACGCCGUGACCGAGCGGAGAGAAAACAUAACAACAUCCGAGCCGCGUCGCGUACUAUACACCUUAUCGCGAGUGAUACCUAACACCAUCACAGCUGAUUGUAAGCGCAAGAAACAGAAAUAAAGACAACGAACAAGCACGUAAGAAACGUCUUCCUUUUCUUAUACACCAAGCCGAACCAUCACCCUUUGGGUCCCAACCCUUCAGGCAGAACGAUCCCAACUACCGACGGGAAAGAAUUCCCAAAACGAGCAAACGCUCACAACAAU